UUCCUAUUUUUACUCUCAGUUGCUCUGGAAUUUUUUGCCAGUUACUGUGUAGCCCCCGAAAAUUAAAGAAUUUAGUGUCUCAAGAUUGAGGAAUAAUCGGAAUUAUCCAUUGAAUAUGGAAUCAAUAAAUUAUUAGUAAUUGCCACUCGCUUCUCUCAAUCGUGCGAGUGUCUGUCGUUUCAUUCACAAGAACACGAUACGUAUAAAUUAAAGAGCACCAACAUAAUUUGGCCAGUUGCUCGGAGAAUUUCAAUGUGAAGACACUCUCAAAUUGUACUUAGCGGGACGCCCAAUAAGACACACCAACGGAAGAGUAUUAAAAAGUGAUUUCCGGUACUUGAGAUUUGCUAUUGCUAUUAAUCACCCCCAGUGAUUUCUCAGUGAGUACAAGUGAUUUGUGAAUACCAGCAAAGUUUAGAGAGUGAUUCAUCAAUUUAAUCUCCAAAUCCCUCAAAAACCCUUUCGCUCACAUCCACACGGUUCAAGAUCAUCCAUCCUUAAUAGGACAACUAAUGGGACUUUUUGAUGCACUCUUGGGAAUAAAUAAUAAUAAUUUUCCAUUGCUCAAUAAUUCGUCUGGCCACCAGUCAAUAAAUUAAACACGCAGCGUGAAGGAAGACUCAUCAGUGGCAAUAAAUUGCGUAUCAAUUGCGAGGGCACAUCAAGAAGGGGUGAUAAAAGCGGCUUACAAACAAAAGUGAUCAAGAUGUAUGGAAUGCUAUUGGAGAGUGUUCAGCAUUUCGUCCAGCACAUUCGCAUUGAGAAUAUCACUCCAGUGAAUUACUCCAAUUCACUUCUACCGUCGUUAGAAUGUCCUUCGGGGACAUCUGCAAUCGAAAGGACAUUAGAGAUAAGGGAAAAGAAAAAGGAAAAAAAGCACCUCUCUUCGCAGUCGGCAGGAUUCGAACCUACGCUCGCAGAGCGAAUCUGAUUUCAAGUCAGACGCCUUAACCACUCGGCCACGACUGCAUACACUGCCCGGAAACAAACUCGCAUCACACUCUCCAGCGACCUACUCGGUCCAAUUCCCUCGCAAAUUUUCCACUCAUGCCUCACACUAUCACUCUUUCUAGCUGGAGUUUGGAGAAAUGGUGUGGAAGCAAGCCUUGGCAGCGACAGGAUGCAAAUACUCCGUCUUCAACACCCACCAAGUAAGAAACCCCCUCCCAAAUACCCCAAGAAAUCAGUAAAAACACUCAACAAUUCGCAGAUCUACUCGGAUUCCCUUAUGCCCGACCUCGCAGCUGCUCUGUCUGCCAUCACGGGCAAAUCCACUGAAUACUUCAUGGUCUUCUUUGGCCGAUGCUUCGUGCGAUUCUUCAGCAACUUUGGAUAUGACAAGAUGAUCAAGGCCACUGGGAGAUUCUUCUGCGAUUUCCUGCAGUCCGUGGACAAUAUCCAUCUCCAGAUGCGCUUCACAUAUCCCAAGAUGAAGAGUCCCAGCAUGCAGCUGACUGAGGUGGAUGAGAGAGGAGCAGUGCUCGUCUAUCGGAGCACCAGAACAGGCUUCUCCAAGUACUUUAAGGGUCAAUUGAUGGAGAUUGCAGACGCUUUGUACGGGCUGAAGCUCCACAUCACGAUCAUUGAUCGUCAGAAUGACACCACUGGCGGCACAACGGGACCCAUCGCUAUUCAAGGAGGCCUCAAGACCGUCAUAGUCCGCUAUCGUCUGGAUUUUGACAACAAAGAUUAUAUGGAGGCGAAGGUCAAUAAAACCAUCCAUCCAUCUCAGAAGAAACUCGGUCCUGUUGACGGCAGUGUUCUGCUGGAGAUGUUCCCCUUUGCCAUCAUCAUCGACGAAGACAUGCAGAUCACGGGAGCUGGAGAGAAAAUGGUGGAGGCUUGGGGCCUGGAGAAUGUUAAUUCAUCAGGCCAGAGCACGAUCAUUUACUCCACCGUUACAGAUCACUUUAAACUGCGCCGCCCCAAAGGCAUUCCCUUUACAUGGCAGAACAUUUUACACUUCCACACUGUCCUCUUCGAGCUGGAGCUCAUCAGAGCCCCCCAAGAAGAUGCAGAAAAGAAGGAGCCACAGGGAUUAUCUCUGGAUGCUUUAACCCUCACAACGGAAAGAAGAGAGUCCCAAGGAGCAAUGAAGAACAUUCUGCUGAAAGGACAAAUGCGCUACAUCACAGAAAUCAAUUCAGUGAUAUUUCUCUGUAGUCCCAUAAUAAACAAUCUCGAUGAACUCCACAAUAUGGGACUGUUUCUCAAUGAUCUCAAUGCUCAUGGCUUGAGUCGGGAGAUGGUGAUGGCCGGUUGGCAGCAUUUCUCUCGCCUGGAGUACACAUUUGAACGUGAGGAGCAGCGCUCCGAUGAACUGGAGACAUCCCUUCAUCUCGCCGAUUCCUGGAAGCGCCAGGGCGAUGACCUGCUCUACUCCAUGAUUCCCAAGCCGGUGGCGGAGCGUCUGCGUGCCGGACUCAACCCACUGUCCACUUGCCAGAGCUUUGAGCAGGUCACUGUGGUGUUUGGCGAGCUGCACGACGAUUCCCACUCCAGCAGCGAUCUGAGAGAUGCCAUGAGCGCCGUGUCCACCCUCAACACGUGCUUCUCCGCAUUCGACGAGCUCGUGCAGACGCCAAUGGUGUACAAAGUGGAGACAGUGGGUCAGGUGUACAUGGCUGUGAGCGGCGCUCCAGACAUGAAUCCGCUGCACGUCCAGCACGCUGCAGACAUGGCUCUCAAUAUGGUGGCAAAGCUGAUGGAGCUGAAGUUGCCAGGUGUCAGCGUGAAGAUAGGCCUCCACACUGGACCUGUUGUGGCCGGAGUUGUGGGACUAAAAGUACCCAGAUAUUGCCUCUUCGGCGACACAGUGAAUAUCGCUUCGCGAAUGGAGAGCAGCGGCAUGCCCAACAAGAUCCAGGUUACUGAGUACAUUGCACAGAAGUUGCGAAAGCUCGGCUACAUCCUCGAGAGUCGCGGAAUGGUGCAGGUGAAGGGUAAGGGUGAGAUGAAGACCUUCUGGCUCGAGAGUGGUCCCAAGAAGUGAACAGAGAGAGAGAGAAGCAGAGAAGUAGAACAUAAUUGUUGAUCAUCAAUGUAACAGUGUCGUCACAUUUCACAUUUAUUGUCUCACAAUUCCUC